AUGGCUAGGCGUAUCUCGCUCGCCAACGGGCUCCUUGCAGCGACGCCGAAGCGGAGGAGGUUAUGCUCUCCUGCCCGGGCGGCGCUGUGUGCCAUGCUCGGCUUUGUGACCUUGCUGUUCAGUCUGAUUGCCUGGGCAGAGGACAGAGAGCUUGCAAAGUCUCGUCUGCUCGAUGUCGCAGCUCACCACUGGUCCUCGACCUACCUCGAGCACGUCAAAGCCAACCGGUCUGUCUUCAUCGACGCGAGCGAGCCAAAGGCACGCGUGAUAAAGAGCCCUCAGCCAGACGUGCAAGACGUUUACCGGCACGCUAACAGGCCGGCUGUCAUCGUCGUGCGAGGUAGCAUGCCCUCGCUCGACGAUCUGCCAAUCGACAGCCCGCUUCGCACGACAUGGAUCGAAUCGCUCGAGUACAUGGCCGAGGAGUCGCGUCGAUUGUUCCAUGCGCUCUUUGAGGAGGAUCUGCUCAGCGAUAUCAUCGGGAUACCCGGUACCGGCGUCAGCGAUGCGGAAGAGGCUAUCGACUUGCAGACCUAUCUGGACUGUAUGACUUCCGAAGGCAGCUGGGUCUACGAUCCUACGGGUCAACUCAGCCGUGUCGAGCUUGACGGCAACGGCUAUACCGUCCACAAGCAGAACGCACUGUAUGCAUCAUGCGACAAGACGUACUACAAAUCGCCUCAUAGGGUCCCUCUGACUUCGGAUGGCCCUGCCAACGUCAACAGCGAAGCCGACAGCUGGUCUGUGCGUGAAUCGCUCAAAUGGCGGUGGCGAGCGCAUGCGAGCUGCAAGGACAAGAUACCCCAUCACGUCAACGCGACCUCCUUGCAUCUCUCCCGCAAAGACUUUUGCCGGUAUCUGCAGAACAAGUAUAUCAUGAUCAUCGGCGACAGUCCGACGGGAUACCUGACCCAUGAUCUCCUGCUCGAUUGGACGACCGAGAAGCCUGCGACAUGCUACGGCGAUACCUACUGCAAAGAGCAUAUGAUUUGCAGAGGCAAUCUCGAUCCUGUCGUCCUCAAAGCAGAUGCCCGCGAAUCUGACGCUUGGGGACACGAAGACCAUGUCGGGCCUGAACUGCUGCCGCCGCCCAUCUUGACACAGCAGACGCACUUGAGCAAGCGUGACGAUUCCAUUUUCGAGCGUGCCCGUCGAGCACUCAUACCGGAGGAUGACACGAGCGCUCACGGAGCCCCCUUGCCCAUCGCGCCCGAUCUCACAACUCAGGAAGGCGCCAUGCUGCGCUACAGACGCAGCGAUUCUAUGCUCUUGCAUGGCGGUGUUACAUACAAAGGACACGAUGCGCACUAUGUCAAUCCCGCGACUGGCAUCCGCGAAGUCAACCUGUACACUCUCGCAGACGCAAGGCGGUCGGAUCUCGUCAUCAUGUCCAAGAGUCCUUUGCCUGUGCCUGAAGAAACAGGCCACCAGCGUCAUCUGGCCGCUCUGAUCGAUGAUGACGAUGUGGCAGGCGAGGCGAAAGUUUUGCAGAUCAUCAAAGCUGCGGUCAAUAUCACGAUGGAUGUCUGGCUGCCUGACAUCCUGCGUAGCCUGCACACGCUCAAGUCUGUACCGUCCGAUCAGCUUGUCAUCUAUCGAGGCGGUUGGCGAAUGCAGCCCGGUUGUUCAGACCCUUCGGAAUCAGUCGAGACGCCAGCCGAGCUUGCAGAUCCGUUCGAUUGGCAGCGAUGGUGGAAAUCGCCAGGAGACGGGCCUCCGCCUUUCGAUCUUGCGCCUUCGCUCAAGACGCUCUUCUUCCCUGCCCUAGCGCCAGAGCAGCUGCCGGACGACACAACGCCUGUCUUGAACCGACAUGCACUCUUCUACAAUGUGCAGACAGUCUUGCAGAAUCAAAUCCUGCGUACGGAGAUCUUGCCCGCUCUCGGUAUCGUUUUCCUUGAUACAGAGACGCCAAUGAGCAUCUGGCGAUCAGGCCUCGUCGGUGGCUCAACACUUCAGCGUUCAUACCUGGUCGAUCAAACACAAUCGUCCGGUACCAGUGCGAUGCGGAAGCCACAAGCAAGGAAUUGCCUGCAACCCUGUCUGCCCUCGGCCGGACUGGCGCUCGAAGAUGCCUUGAUUGGGGCGCUAUCACGACUCUUCGAAUGGGGCUAUAGCGGCGAGCACUCUGAUCUCUUCCUUGACGAGGCAUACAUCCCGAUCCGGCAGCGCAGCAAAGAGCACUAG